AUGACUCACAACCCCCCAAGGCCCAAAACCCAUGGGAACUACUUUGUAGAUCAAGAGAGUGAACGAAGGCCUGUGAUGCGUGUGUUCAAUGCUGUGACAGGAAAAAUUCUACCAAUCAUGGGAAGUGAGGCCCUUCUGUAUAUGUCCAUCGCUAGACUGAAAUCUGUGGUGUCCAUGCAAAGCGGCCUCCCUGUCGGCACUUUCAGACUGAGCACACCUGAGGACGUGCAGCUCUACGACUGCAACCAACUGCAAGACUACGCCAUUGUAGUGGGCACUACUCUCCGUUUGGAUACCUGGGAUGGGUGGGUGGAGUUCCUCCUGAGUUGCCUCCUUGGCCACAGAUUGACAGUCCAGAUCCACCUAUCAGAGAAGAAGCCGGUAAUGAGGUUUCAGCUGCAGGUGGCACUGUAUAUCGCUGCCUCUUCUGGUCACCUGGAUCUGGCAGGCUGGCUGCUGGAGAGAGGGGUGCAUGCUGACAAACCAGUCGGGGUCCAUCCGUACCGCCAGUGGUGCCAGCAAACCGCCCAUAGAGACACCGGAAAGUGUCCCAUCCACAUAGCUGUAGAGCGCAACCACCUCCUCAUCCUUAAACUCUUCGUCACCAAGAACCUUUUGAGCUUGACUUGUAGGGACCCUGGAGGUCGGGAUCCUUUGAAAGUUGCUAUUCAGCAUGGUAGCAGGGACUGUGUGCAAUACUUAGCAAACAAGCUGUGCUCAGUAGUGUCCCUGUCAAACAUGUCCUUGCCCAUGCGUAUCUACCUCCAGAUAAAACGCUGGGUGAGUUUGGGGCAGAAAGGGGCAGCCUCCAAUCAAUGCCAGUACAGUGCUGCUUUCAAAGCCAGGGUGGGAGAUAAGUUGCUGGUGGAUGGUUUCAACCAGCCAUACAAUAUGUCUUCCAAAUCCAGGAAAACUGUAACAAUACCAAGCAGAGGAAUCAAGGCCAAAGCUUUGCAACCCUUGCCUCCCAUCAGCAACUUACUUUCGCAUCUCCCCAGUCUAGGUGACUUUAAAGAGAUGCAAACAAAUCAGAAACAAGAUCAACUUUACAGAAAAGCCUUGGUUGAAGCAGCUGAGCAUUGCCCGGACCCUGAUCAGGAAGCGUGUCCAUAUGGCCUGAUCCAGAUGUGUUCAUCAUCAAACAAACUGCUGGUGGAUCUCCCAUCAGCUGCUUCAAUAACUGUGGACAACGAAGAAUCCUUCAGUGACAACUGA